GCGGUGAGCAUUAGAGGGCUGUGCUGAAGGCUGCGCGGCCGGGAGGCGAGCGGCAGGCCCGGGGCAGGGCAGCAUGAGCCCCGCGCUGCUCCCCGCGCUGCUGCCGCUGCUGCUGCUGCUGCUGCCGGCGCGGCCCGGGCUGUGCUGCAGCUGCGCCCCCGCGCACCCCCAGCAGCUGCUCUGCGACUCCGCGCUGGUGAUUCGAGCAAAAAUAUCCAGCGAAAAGGUGGUUCCUGCCAGCGAUGAUCCCCUUGAUACUCACAAAAUGAUCCGGUAUGAAAUCAAACAAAUAAAGAUGUUUAAAGGAUUUGAAAAGCUCAAGGAUGUCCAGUAUGUCUAUACCCCUUUUGAUUCGUCACUCUGUGGAGUGAAAUUAGAAGCCAACAACAAAAAACAGUAUCUUCUGACAGGCCAAAUUUUAAGUGAUGGCAAAGUCCUCAUCCAUUUGUGCAACUACAUUGAACCAUGGGAUGAUUUAUCCUUGUCUCAAAAGAAGAGUCUGAAUCAGAGAUAUCAAAUGGGCUGUGGCUGCAAGAUAACCACGUGCUACAUGGUGCCCUGCUCCAUCACUGCCCCCAACGAGUGCCUGUGGACAGACUGGCUGAUCGAGAGGAAGCUCUACGGGCACCAAGCCAAGCACUACGCCUGCAUCAAGAGGAGCGACGGCACCUGCAGCUGGUACCGAGGUGGGCCCCCCCCUGAGAAGGAGUUCAUUGACAUAAGUGAACCUUAAAAGCAGCACUUCCUAAAAAGCCUUGGGGUCUCAUUCCAUCCACCACUGCCCGCUCACAGCUUUGAACUGCCAUCAUCUCAUGUAUCUGUCGCUUAGAAACACAAAUUGUCCUGCCCAGUAAAGUCCGAGUUGUGGGACUGGCACUGGUGCAGGACAAGGACAAACCUCCUGGAGGUACCCACUCUGUGCUGUUAUGCUUUGCACAGAGGCUUGAGCUGAGAAAGCUCCUCUGUGUCCUCCAAGGCAUAACAAUAUCCCUUUUGCCAAUAUGAAUGUACAAGAACAAAAGAGUUGCCAGAAUUUGUCCCCUGUUUGAUAACCUACAGAUUAAGAGCACCCCGCGUUGUAUUCCAGAUCUUUCCAGUGAACUACAGAAUGUUUUAUAGAACUAUUUUUUCUGCAUGAAAGUCUUUGACACAAAAGAAUUAUUGUACAGUGUAUAUGUAAAAUAUUAUAACAAUGCGCUAUUAAAAAAAAAAUCACAAAUAUUUCCUUACCUGUUGAAACAAGUUGAACACUUCUGGGAUUAAAACAAUCUGUGCUCCAUAUUUUGUAUAUUGCUUAUGUCACAGCUUUCUUUAUCUAGAGUUGUAACAUUCAUUGAUAACUAAGCUAAGAGACAGCCUUGAUAAACAAAAUCCUCUUCCCAACUCAGCACUCCUAUGGACUAACCACACCUUGCUGAAAGACAAGCCAGAUGUUCUAAUGCUUCAGCAUUUCAUGGAACCAACACAAAUGAUGAGAGGCUGAAACUGCUCAUAUUUACAGGAAACUUGUCCACCCUCAGGGCAGCUGCAGCACUUGGUAAUUCCUCUCUCAAUAUGUGACCAGGUCAUUGCAUUCUGGCACUAUUAAAAGCCUUGGCUUUAGAAACUCAUGUGAAAAUAUAUGCGGUAGAUACUGCACUUACACAGCAAGUGAUUUCUGAAAGCUCUCAAAUAUUUGACCAUAUUUCAUUAUUUUUCAUUCAUGAACACCCACCAUAGUCUGUCACAGUGAAUUUGGCUCUCAUGAACUUGUACUAGAGAAGUGUUAGGACACAUUUUGCCUUUUACUUUUUUAGUGUCUUAACUUUUCUAAAUUGAUUCCUGUAGCUAGUAGCUAAGCUCACACAUAUCUAAGUUUACAAAAGGAAUUAAAUUCACAGUGGUGAAACUUCAGAAACUAUUUCAGUAAAUGCCAAAGUUCAGACAGUUUUCCAACUCCUCGUGUCCCAGAAGCUGGGGGAGAACCCUCCUGCAGGAUGGGAAUCUCUAACAGCCACCCUCUCUGAUGUAUUUUGCUCUCUCCAAUUUUCUAUACUGGAUUUCUUUGACUUCAUUCCAAUUUUGCCUAGAAUUACUCUUGUGUGUUCCCUAUAUGAGACUUUAGAACACAGGCAGAGCUUUAGACAGUUCUGUCUCAUUUGGUUGGAUCAGGUCUAUUUAAAGGGUUAACAAACGUCCUUUACUGGCUCCUGUGAACCCCAGGGUGACAUUCCCAGCCUGGGGCCUCAGUCAGAGCCACCACAUUAUUGCUCAAGGGUUUUCCAAAUAGUUCCUGCAGUUUGUUUGCACAGACAUCUCUGAUGCCAUUCAAUUCACCCAGGUAGUAGUUUGGCCAUGAAAUUCAGCAUGUCCCAUGCAACUCAGAACACACUAAGAUAUGAUGCAUUAGAUAAAAAAUCCCCUGCACAAAUUAUCUUUGUGACAUAUUUUCAGCUUUUUAAAGUGUAUUUUGACAAUUGCACAAAUGUAUAUUUAAAGGACAGGUUUCAAAACACUCUUCUGAGAAUAAAAUGCAAAUGGUGCAAGGCCAACAGGAGGGCAUGCCAUUGUUUCUUUGAGAAAAAUAUGUCCUAUAACAUAUAAAAGUCAAUAUUUCACUUUUCAAGCACUGUAAAUCAGCUUUGUUAUUUUAAUUUGCAAUUCUAAAUUAAAACACCAUGUAUUUGUAAAGACAAAACUAAAAUCACCAAACACUACUCAUCUGGACCAUAGAUUUACUAUGGCUACUUACAUAAAUGAAAUAAAAAGAAUAAAAUGGCUACAUUUCUUCCAAAAAGAGUUGAUUUUGCAGUGAAAAUACUGGCAGUGCUGUUGACUAACAGUCCCGUGCAUCUAUAUUACUAAUUUAAAGAAAGACUUAAAGCCAGGCCUUAUUUCCUGAUGUCAAAUCAAAACAAUUCCUGGAGAAGCCCAUGAGAGCUCAAUAACCAACAAUGUCUGACCCAAGCACAGGGCUGAGUAUUAUUUAAUACAUGUCCAGUGUAGCAUUUGUUUCCAAAUCCAUUUGGAUGUGAUGGUGUCUUUUGAACAGCACUCUGCAGCAAACAGAGAUUUUCUGCUUUUUAACUCAACAUAGUUCUGUUUCUCUUUUAGUUUUAGAGUAACUAAACCUUAAAUUCAACUCACCUGACGCAGAUUGUCGUCUUUGUGUGCCUUGUACAAGGAAAUGUUUUCUUUUAUAUUUAUGAACAGACUGUAAUACAAAUUGUGUGCCAUAAUUAGUUUCAAACACAUUUUAUAUUUGUCCUGCCAUAAAAUAUCCCACAUGAGGUGUUUCACAAGUAAUGGCUGUUGACUUUGAUUUCUGGCUGAGCAUAAAUCUGAACAAACUUUCCACAAUGGGUGGUACAAAGAUUAUUUUUCUCCCUCAUAUCAGUAAAUAUGGCAAGCAAAGCUUUACAAAAACCCCUCUCAGAAUGAGUUUUUAUUUUCCCUGAGAUUCAGCACUGAGAAAGAUUAUGAAAAGGCUUGACUACAAUGUGGCAUCCUCAAUAUGUUAUUUUCCUAUCAAGGUUUUUACCAUAGUGACAUUGAUAUAUUAUCUACAGCAGAUUAUUUUUACAACACUUCAUUUUUACUUCUUGUAAAUGUAUGUGUUUAUAUGAAAGGUUAGAGCAGGAAUAUAGCCUGGCACAACACUUCAUUUUAAUUUGAAAAUGACUCACACAACUUAUGAUAAGAUUAGAAAAAGAGAAGGGAGAUUGUACAGGUCAACAGGGAGGAAACACCACCUUGAAUAUUGCUGGCUUUUUCUCAAUGUUCCAGUUAAGUUUUAAUUAAAUCGUUCAACAAUUAUGUUGAAAAAGCCGUGUUGUCUUUUUUUCCACGACAGAGAACAUAAGAGGUGGGAAUGUAGUGAAAUAAAGGGAACUAAUUGCUGAGGGAAAGGCUGUAGAUAUGACUCAACUACCAAUGAGUUCAAAAGCCUUACUGCAUUUUGUAUAAUCAGUCUGGGAUGAAUGUUUCUGUUUCAAAAAGUGUUUCAUUAAAGCAGCUCCAUUUUUACACAAAAGAA